AUGGUUGGUCCUGAGAGAGUCACUAGGAUUUUCGAUUCUUGGACGCGAGGACGAGUCAUCACACCAGGAGACAAUGAUGAAGCCGGAGAAACGUCUAAUUACGAGAUGCUCAAAGCGUAUGCAGCAGCCAUCACGAUGAUUUUAUACAUCGUCCACGUUGCAUUUCUAUUCUAUUGGCAAUCUCCGGAUCUUGGUUCGGAUGCAUCCCUGAAAUUUUAUGUCGCGUUGGCUGUUGUUUUUGCGAAAAUAAGGACGCCUAUGCAUGGAAUUUUGGCCAGCACAGAAUUAUUAUGUGAAUACCCAUUGUCAUCUCCGCAGCGCGCGCUUACUUUGGCGAUUCAAAAUGCAGGCAUAAAUAUUAUUCACAUGACUGAUCACGUUCUUCGCACGGUUGAUACAGAUUCAAGCGCAUCGAUUGAUUCUAUUACUUUCGAAAUCGUGCUUCCAAUGGAAAUUGACGUAGGGGAAGAUGAUGAGAACAAACCUUUACCAUCGCGUUACGUUAGAGAACAAGUUCAAACUGGGGCCGACCCGAAAAAUAAUUUGAAAGUUGGCGUCAUUAGAUCGACGGAAUUCGGCGAAGAUUCUGCAACAAUGAAAAGGAUCAUUGCGCCUCUUGAUGAAUUUGAUAUAAAAUCGUACGCGUUUAUUCACCCCGAUGACGUGGAAAUGGCUGAUGCUAACACAAUUGUUCUUGACUUUUCGUGUGUUUCCGUCGAACAAGUUGUUCACAUUUGUAGAAUCUCAAAAGAAAAUAAUAUCUUUGUUAUCUGUAUCUUACCUAUCAUGAAGCAUCUCGAGGUCACCGAAAAAGCUGAAUUGUGUGAUAAAGAAGCUCAUUUAAUUAUCAAG